AUGGAGGAUAUCGCCAUCGUCGGCAUGGCCUGUCGCUUCCCCGGCGAAGCUACGUCUCCCGAGAAGCUAUGGGAUAUGAUGGUCGAAAAGAAGUCAGCUUGGUCCGAAUUCCCCAAAGACCGUCUGAACAUCGACGGGUACUAUCAUCCGAGCGGCGAUCGUCAGGGCAGUAUCUCUUUCAGGGGAGCUCACUUCCUUCAAGAUAACAUGGCUGCAUUUGACGCGUCAUUCUUCUCGGUGAUGGCUGAAGACGCGAAGGCAAUUGACCCUCAGCAGCGCUUUCUCCUCGAGGUCUCCUACGAAGCGCUCGAGAAUGCCGGCCUUCGUGUCGAAGACCUCAAAGGCAGCCCCACAGCCGUUUAUGUUGGCUCGUUCGUCAAAGACUACGAGCAGAUCUGCCUCAGAGACAUGGACUGGCAGCCCCAGUAUGCUGCAACUGGCACCGGAAAUGCCAUCAUGGCCAAUCGCGUCUCUUACACCUACGAUUUCAAGGGACCAAGUAUGACGCUCGACACCGGCUGCAGUGGCAGUCUCGUGGCUGUUCAUCUGGCCGCGCAAGCUCUCCGAACUGGAGAUUGCGAAUUGGCUCUCGCUGCCGGUGCUGGUCUGAUUCUGACCCCUAACACCAUGAUGCCGAUGACGGCCCUCAACUUCCUUAGUCCAGAUGGAAAGUGCUUCGCCUUCGACUCUCGUGCCAACGGCUAUGGGCGUGGAGAAGGCAUUGGCUUUGUUGUCUUGAAGAAGCUGUCGCAUGCUUUGAGAGACAACGAUACCAUCCGAGCUGUCAUUCGAGGUACUCAUGUCAACCAAGAUGGUCUGACAACCGGCAUCACUCUUCCGAGUAAGGAAGCCCAGGUCGCCAACAUCCGGAGUCUUUACUCCAAGUAUGACCUGGACAUGCAACAAACUGCUUUCGUCGAAUGUCACGGCACUGGAACCCAAGCCGGAGAUUUCAGAGAAUUGAAAGCCAUCUCAGAGACUCUUGCCACUGAUAGGCCGACUGAAAGCCCCAUUUAUGUCGGCUCUGUCAAGACUAACAUCGGUCAUCUGGAGGGAGCUGCAGGAGUUGCCGGGCUUAUCAAGGGCGUUCUUCUCACUGAGAAGGGAAAGAUCCCUCCCAACAUCAACUUCGAGAAAGGGAAUCCGAACAUCGACUUUGAGGAAUGGAAGGUCAAGGUACCCACAGAUCUCACCGAAUGGCCUGUUGAAGGUCUCCGCAGGGUCAGCGUGAACUGUUUCGGCUUCGGUGGCACCAAUGCGCACGCUGUGCUCGAUGAGCCAUCCUCAUACUUUUCGGCACGAGGCAUCUUGGGCAACCACAACUCUACGGUCCCCAAGAUCAUUGACUGUCACGAAGUUUGCGUGCCUGCGCCUGAAAAGCGCCACCAGCUCUUCGUUUUCUCGUCGAACGAACGUAAAGGCGUUUCUCGCGUGAUGAGCUCACAUCUUGGCCACAUCAGUGACCUUUCGGGCUUUACUCAGAUCGAUGCCAACGAUUAUGCGUAUACCCUCGCCUGUCGUCGCUCUAUUCUUGAGUGGAAAGGUUUUGUCGUUGCAAGCGACGCAGAUGACCUCAGUGUCAAGCUGGCGGCAAGAGAUGAGACCAGCUUCAUUCGAUCCACUCGUGAGAACACACCAAAGGUUGCCUUCAUUUUCUGCGGCCAGGGCUCCCAAUGGGCUCAGAUGGGCCUGAAACUCAUGUGCUUCGACGCCUUCAGAAACAGUCUUGAGGCUGCGGCUGCCCAUAUCAAGAAGCUCGGAAGCGACUUUGACCUCAUCGAGGAGAUCACUAGAGACCCAGGGGCUUCACGCAUCCAGGACCCUCGAAUUUCGCAGCCUGCAACAACCGCGAUUCAGGUGGCGCUCGUUGAUUUGCUCCGCUCUUUCAACGUUUCACCCACCAGCGUUGCCGGCCACUCGUCUGGCGAGAUCGCAGCAGCAUACGCGUCUUCGUUCAUCGACGCCGAGACGGCCUGGGCGCUUGCUUACCACCGCGGCCACUGCGCUUCUCUUCUCCAGUUCAUCGCGCCUCAGCUGAAGGGACGUAUGUGCGCGGUGAGAUUGUCUUCCCAGGAAGCACAGGAGUACCUCAAGCACGUGGCUGAGUUCAGAGAUCUCGAGAUCGCCUGCGUCAACAGUCCCAUCUCAGUUACCAUCUCUGGAAGCCUUGACGAUAUACUGUGGAUGCGAGAUGACUUGAAGUCGCGCAAAAUUCUGUGCAAAGUUUUGGAUGUCGACAUCGCUUAUCACUCUCGGCACAUGAAGGAAAUUGAAGAAAGCUACAAGCAAUGUAUCAAGGACAUUCGCCCGACCGACUCUCCCACAGAAGUCCGAUUCUUCUCAUCCGUCAAGGGAAAGCUGCUCCCAGGCCACCUCCUCGGACCGUCGUACUGGGCAGAGAAUUUGGUCUCCCCCGUACAGUUCGUUGAUGCUGUCAAGUGUUUGAUGAACUCCGACAAUCGACCAGACAUCAUGGUUGAAUUGAGUCCCCAUGCUACUUUGGAGUCGGCCCUUUCUGAAAUCAUCGCCGAGCACUUCUCUCAGUCCCAACUGACGUAUUUGUCGCUUUUGCGGCGAACAAAGGACUCUUCCCUUACAACUCUUGAAGCUGUGGGUCAAAUCUGGGCUCGAGGACACCCGGUCAACGUGUUCAACGUUAUCUCCAAGGGCAACACCACAGGAUCCUACAAGACUCUCGUUAACCUUCCUUCUUACCCCUGGAACCAUUCCAAGAGUUUCUGGCACGAGUCCCACACCUGCACCGAGCACCGGUUCCGUAACUUCGGCCGCGAAGAUCUGAUCGGCGCGCCAUCGCCUGAUGCCACGACCUUCGAGCCCCGCUGGAGAGGCUUCUUCCGCAUCUCGGAAAACCCUUGGCUCCAAGAUCACCGCGUUCAAAAGACUAUCGUGUACCCGGCUGCAGGUAUGGUGACGAUGGCACUGCAGGCUGCGAGCCAAUUGUCCGUGGGCAUGCUCGAUGUCAUUGGCUUCGAGGUGACGAACCUGCAGAUCGAGAAAGCAAUGAUCAUCCCGUCCACAGCCUUCGGCCUUGAGUGUUCACUCAACUUGAAGAAUAUUUGCUCGAAGCCUGACGUCGACCCCGAGUGGGAAUUCUCCAUCUAUUCCAAGAAGGAGGAAGGCGCUUGGAUUCGUCAUGCUGACGGACGUGUUCGGAUUCGCAGGGGCGAAACCGCUCCUCCCAUGUGCGCAGGCGCUCACAAGAAAAAACACUCCGAAAUCCAGAAGCUCUGCGACAAGACUCUUCCGCCCCGACAGCUCUACGAGAUUCUGGAUGUCGUUGGUCUCAACUAUGGCCCUUGUUUCCAGAACGUCGUUUCUAUCUCGACUCAUCUCAAUUCAUGCAUUAGUAAAGUCCGGAUCCCGGACACGAAGUCCAAAAUGCCGGCAGAUUUCGAAUACGCCCACAUCAUUCACCCGGCGACUUUGGACUCAAUGUUCCAGACCCUCUUCGCUAUCGACAGUAAGCCUAUGGUUCCAUCCAUGAUCGAUAGCAUCUUUGUCUCUGCAAACAUCUCUCAUGACAUUGGCGACGAGUUUACUGGGUACGCACAAGCAGAGCGAUCUGGACUCCGCGAUGCCAGGGGCUCUAUUGUCAUGACUUCCGGCAACGAUGGCUGGGGAUCUCCUUCUGUUGUGGUGGAGGGACUUCACUUCACAGCUUUAUCUGCCCCGUCAAUCGAGGAUGGAGGCUUUAUCCCGAAUCACCGCAAUCUCUGCUCCGAGAUUGUGUGGAAAGAGAACUACGCGACAUCAACUACUGAAGACUUCACUUCGAUGCUGUCUCUGAUGGCGCACAAGCACGCAUCUCUCGCUGUGCUUCAGUGUGGUGGAAACGAGCAUCUGGCUCGACACGUCUUGGAAACCCUUUCUGAAGAUGGCACUUCACGUCUCUCUCGAUAUACAGUCAUCGACGAGGCGACCUUUUCGGCUGUACAGGAGUCUAUCCAGAACACUUCGAUGAAGAACCUUGUGGAAUAUCGGGACUGGUCGGCCAACAAAGAGACUUUCCCCAGCUACAACGUUGUCAUCACUGCUAAUGAUUCCAACGUCGAUCAAACAGAGGCAUCGAGGCUUUUACUUGCUGAAGGUCUUGUUCUCAACGAGAUCUCCCAGUUGAGAGAUGACGGAAUCAUCUCGGCGAGAACUUCUCAGGAAUUGAGUGGUAGCCACUCUUUACAGGCGUCGUACGAGCUUGAGUCUGACAAUGACAUGAGCCACUGGAUGCUUGAGCAGCGCUUUGAAGCCCACUUCUUCACCAGAUCCUCUGGCUGUACUUCAUCUCCUGGAAUUCUCAUCGUUCUUCCGGACACGAUCAGUUCCAGUCUGCAGGUUCUCAUUAGCGCUGUCAUCGAAGUUUUCUCGGAUAAGGGAUUCGCGGUCACAGCUAGCACUUUGUCCGACGCUAAACCUCAGGGCUCAGCCUGCGUCUCUCUUCUUGAGGUCUGCGACAAUUUCGUAUACAACUGGACCGAUGAACAGUUUCGCAACUUUCACAAGCUCCAGAACGAGGCGAAGAGCAUCUUGUGGGUCACUCGCGCUGCGAACCGCAAACCUACUGACCCCCGUAAUGCACCGGUUGUUGCACUGAUCCGAACCAUUCUGUCUGAAGACCCUCAGAAGACCAUCGUCACUCUGGACUUGGACGAAAACACCCCUGCAACUUUGGCCUCACUGCCGCAUGUCGUCUUGACCGUCAUGGAGUCUAUCCUCAAUGGAUCUGGAGAGACUGAGUUUGCCGAGGAGGAAGGAAAGCUCUACAUUCCCAGGCUGAUGCCGCUGAAGGAGCUAAACAAGUUGAUUGAGAGCGAUUCGCGUAUUCAGCUUCAACAUCAGCCGAUCUUUGAUCGGUUCUCUCCCAAGAUGUCCUACGAGAUGAUCAUCUCCAAGCCAGGCACCGCGAACGAUGGCUUUCACUUCAUCGAGAAGUUGUUCACUUCGAAGCUAGGUUCAGGAGAAGUAGAGAUCAGAACUCUCAGCGCAGCAUUGUUCAACGAUGACCUCCAGACUGCGAUGGGCCGCACUACUGGAAACAGUCUCGGCCUCGAUGUCAUGGGUAUUGUAACUGGAGUUGGAUCCAAAGUCAACGACUAUCGUCCCGGAGAUCAGGUUCUCGCUAUAGUCCCGGGAGCCUUCAAGUCGGUUCAUCGUGUCGACCACCGUCUUGUCAAGCCCGCUCCGCCCCCUGUCGAGUGUUGCCAGUACAGCCCAAGCAUCUUUGUUGCGGCUUAUUACGCUCUGUGUACCAUCGGGCGCUUGUCCUCAAAGAAGACGGUACUCAUCCACACUGGAGCUAGCGCUUGUGGUCAGGCUGCCAUCAGGAUCGCCAGCUUCAUUGGUGCCGAAACCUUCGCUACUGUCAUUGGUGAUACUUCAGGCUCGCAACUCAAGACACUGAAAGAGUCCCACGGCCUCCCUAAUGACCACAUUCUCGAUGCUGAUUCAGAUUCAUUCGUCACUGCCGUUCUCGCCUCUGGCAAGGUUGAUGUCGUAUACAAUCCCACUCAAGAGCAUACGGCCGCGAACUUGAAAGUUGUCAAAAGAUCCGGAUGCGUUGUUCAGCACGAUGAUAAGACCGGAACACCUACCAACGUCCCCAUCGCGGGCACGGCCUUCAUCAAGCUCGACGUCGGCGUUCUUCUGCAAGAGGACCCGGAUCUUGUCAUGGAUAUCUUCCACGAUGUUAACGACUUCGUUUGGAAAUACCUGGCCAAGAGCUCACGUCUCCAGGUCGAACCGGUCCAUCGCUUUCCCAUGUCGGAUAUGGAGGCCGCUUUCAAGCAGAUCGAGCAGGAACCGAACCACGGCCUGACGAUGAUGAUGGCCAAGCCCGAGAUCCAAGUCCCGGUGGCCCACGAGAUUCACACAAAGCCUCUUGCGGCUGUCAUCGACCCCCACGGUACCUACGUUCUCGCUGGUGGUCUGGGCGGCCUGGGAAAUAGCAUCGCCAAGCUUCUUGCCGACAACGGAGCGAAGAAGUUGGUGUUCCUGUCGCGAUCUGGUGGUAGCCCCGACGCCGACGUCUUCUUCAAGAGCCUGUCUGGUGUGGAUGCUCGCGCAAUCGCAGUGGAUAUCACAGACCGAGACGCUCUCGAGAAAAUAGUCCCUGACUUGGGCAAAAUUGCCGGAGUCGUCCAAUGUGCCGCUGUCAUCAAGGACGCGCUCUUCGAGAAGAUGACCCACGACGAUUGGACCGCGGCAUUCGGACCCAAAGCAGUCGGCGCCACCAACCUCGUCGACGUCUUCAAUCCCCAACCGUCCGCAACCUCAUCUUCCGACCCUUGGUUCCUCUUCCUCUCGUCCGCCUCGGGAAUCAUCGGAAACAGAGGCCAGGCGAACUACGCCGCCGCCAACGCCGUCCAGGACGCCCUCGCCAAGAGCGGCCGCAUCGCCAGGGCCUGCUCCCUCGACCUCGGCCCCGUCCUCGAGGCCGGCAUGCUCGUCGGCGACGAAGACACCCUGGGCAAGCUCCGCGGCGCCGGCUUCUACGGCAUCCGCCACGACGACUUCCUCGAGAUGGUCUCCCGCGCCAUCACCGGCGAGAUCGUCCCCGGCGUCCCCGUCCCCGCCCAGAUCGUCUCGGGCGUCGGCACCGGCGGCCUCAUCCGCCAGAACAACCCCGGCGACCCCUUCUGGUCCCGCACUGCCAUGUACUCGUACAUGAACACCGUCGACAUGCCAGUCGCCUCGCUGGACGGCGACGACAACGACGCCGACAAAACCCCCGGAGAGGACGACGUCAAGAGGAUGCUGGCCGCCUGCGGCAGCCAGGACGAGGCGGCGGUCAUCGUCGCCGCGGGCCUCGUGCAGCUCAUGGCCAAGGCCAUGACCCUCCUCCCGGAGGAAAUCGACCCGGAGAGGGCGCCCAGCGCCUACGGCGUCGACUCCCUUGUAGCAGUAGGCGUUCGGAACUAG